AUGGAAUAUACCAAUAAAAGAGCUAUUUUUUUCAACCAAUAUACACUGACAAAGAGAUACAUUCCUAUUUUAUUUGAGAGAUAUUUUGGAAUAGAUUAGCGAUAUAAUAUAGCAUUAAAUACACCCGAUACUUUGUUUACAAACGAAGUGAGGAAUUUAGUCAAAGAAUAUGACUUAGAUGAAUUAAAAAAGCUAUAUUAUUCUGACUAGUUCUAUAUUGAUGAUCCCAUAGAGAGCCAUGGGAAACACACUUUAAUUCAUGAUGCAGUGGUAAUGAACAGAGAAGAUCUUUUUGAUUUUCUAAUUGCUCAGAAGGCUAACUUAAAUAUUAGAGAUUUUGUUGGGUAUACGCCGAUGUUGAAGGCUGCAAGUCUAGGCAGAUUUGAUAUGGUUAAGAAGUUGGUAGAGAAUGGAGUUGAUCCCAGACAUAUUGAUCCACAUGGAAACACUCCCAGAGAUAAAGCAAUACUUUACAGCAGGUUCGAAUUAAUCGACUAUUUAAAGGAAGUUGAAGAUAAAGCUAAUAGAGGCGAGCUUAAAUUUAUUGAUUGGACUAACCCUGAAAGGAUAAGAAGAAGUGGUAUGUUCUUAGGGUUUUUAGAGUAUAAUCAAUACAAAUCAAAAUCUUGA